AUGUUUGCUACCCGAACCAGCAAAGUGAACGCGUUUCCCCUGCCCGACGGCUACUUCCCGGAUGUCCAGCUAUCUGCACUCGAGAUCCUCGAGCUGGAGGAGAAGAUGGCGCUCGCGGUGAAGAACGCGCUGGCCGACUACGACGUGCACGAGGCCAUGGGCUCGAAUCCCAUCUACGGGACCGGCUGGAAGACGCUGGGCAAAGUCGGCGACCUCACCACUGUCCGCCAGAACGGUGACGCUUCCAGGUGCCAAUGCCGCAUCUUCGGCCGCCUCAGUGGGGACUACCGCAAUUUCAUCAACUUCUUCUAUGCGGAGACCUCAAACCAGCUCUACGCUUGGAAUCAGUUCAUGUACGGCAACGCCAUUGACGCCGCCAUUUUGAAAAACAUCCACACCAGUGCGUCGGGUAAGCCUCAUCUGUACCUCGGUAUCAAAUGGACGUGUCUGCAGCCGUUUGCUCUCGUCAAGAAGCGUGACACGUGCUUCCUUGAAUACAUGACCUUCACCAAGGACUUGCGAGGUCGCGACAUCGGAGUGCGUGUGAAUAUGCCACUCACUCUACCCGAAUGCCCGCCUCUACCUGAUAAAAUGAAGACCAAACGAAUGCAGAUGCUCAUCGUCUCCAUUGUACGCCCAACGGAGGGAGAUCCACAUUCGACGGAAUUGUUUCUUAUGAGUCAAAACGACUUCGCGGGAUUCGCCGUCCCCGGGUUCUACUUCAAGAGACUCAUGGCCAAGAUGAACGACAUGUCCAUCUGGGUGGACGCGAAGCUCAUUUCAAUCCACGGUAUCAUGAAGCGCACUUGCUGGGUGGACAAGAAGUCGCGCUCCGAGUGCCGUCUGUGCUCUCGCGAUUUCACUCACACCCGCCGCCGUCAGCACUGUCGGCUGUGCGGUGAGGUCUUUUGUCGGCAGUGUUUAAUCUACCGCGGCGCACGGGAAGGAGGCGAAGACAGUGACAGCACAGAGAAGACUUUCAACGUUGUGCAGACAAAGUUCUGCCGUGUGUGUGUCGCUAAAGUGCGAGACUUGGACGUGACGUUGCUGGCACCGGGGACGCGUGGCAAGAUCGAUGACAAACCAGCAGCGCUGAGCAUGUUUGCAGACUCCGGGGCGUCGACAAAACCUGACGAUGACCAGCGCAGCGAUCUCGGUGAGGUGGACCAGAAACCUAUGGGGGUCGACAUGUCGAACCUCAUGUCCGCGUCUCAAAUGAUGCGGCGGAUCAACGCUGGAGCUUUCGACGAAGACGGACCCACUCGUCAACUGACCGACAGCUCGAACAAAAUAGCAUCACGACGAACGAUUGACCAAUGCAUUGCCGAGCAGGAGGAUCUACUGAGGAGGCUGAUGCGCGCUGCUCAAGAUAGAGCACAACCGUGA